AUGAAGCUGCGAUCGGGGCGCCGCCUCAGCUCCUCGGUGGCGCCACGAUCUUGUGGUCCAGGCGGUGGAGCGGACCGCAUCAGCGACCUCCCCGACGAUCUGCUUCUCCUGAUUCUCGGCCGCCUGGGCUGCGUCCGCAGCGCCGCGCGCGCCGGCGUCCUCUCCCGCCGGUGGCGCGGCCUCUGGACGCGCCUCCCGUCUCUCGUCUUCCGUGGCGUCGCCUUCCGCUCCCUCGAACCGGCGCUUGCCAACGUGGUCUCCUUGACUCUACAGGGGCGAACACAGUCUCACAUACGCCAACUUCUCAGAAAUGGCUAUGGUGCAUCAUCUCCAUGGACGCAAAAUAAAGCACGGCAAAUCGAGCAACACCUGUGGAUGGAGAUUGCGGCGGACUUAUCUGUCAUGGACUUGGAGCUGCAUCUCACAACUUUGGGCCAUGUUUAUGGAGCAGUAGUGUUCUUUUUCCUUAAGAUGCACCGGAUUCGUACUGCCAUACAUAGGCUUAAGCUCAGGGUUUCCUUACUCGACCCCGAUACUAUAUCCGCGAAUGAAGAGGAAUGCCGACAGCAUUGUGCUUGCGCCCCCACCAACUGGACAAGCCAAGUUGUCUCCUUGAUGGAGCUUGCAGAGGUGGAAAUUGACGGUUUCCAAGGAGACGAUCACGAGUUUGAUGUCUUGGAACAUCUAUUCAGAUGUGCGCCAACUAUUAAAAAAAUGGUCCUGAAGCAGUCAUACGAGGUCGCCCCAAGUGCCACAAAAGUUCGUGACUUCUUCGAGGCACAUCCUUUUGUGGAAUGCUACUACAUUUCAUCUUCCCACUCUGCACCUAAACCUAAUUAAGCUCACGUUGUUGGUGGCUUAG